UUUUGUGAUAGAGUCAAAUUAUUCAAAGCAGAGGAAAAAGAAAUUGAAAAAAAUAGAAGAAAAUUGUAAUGCUUAAUAUACUAUUGAAAAUGUUGGAAAUUAUGUUGGCUAAAAGAACAACAUUAUGUUCUUUCAAGCAUGGACAAACGGAUAGAAUCAUUUAACCUGAAGCAUAAAAACAAAGCAAAGCAGGUGUUGAGUUACGCACAAUGCUCAAAAUCUUGUUCCCAAUCAUACAGGAUGGGCCUACAGAUCACAGAACUGGCUCUUCCCAUCUAUAUCAGGCAUGGUUAGUAAGAGCUUCUGUACUGACCCUCCAAUUUUGAGUCAUUCAUUCUGGUGUUAGCAACACUCCUUAGGGUUGUGCAGAGAAUGGCAGCGUAUCAGAGGUUAUGUUUUCAUUUGCAGACUACAUUUGCUCUUAUUCUAGUACUCAAUCAAGCAAAACAAGUCCAUAAAUUGAAAUGCAGUUUUCUAGAUGUCUGUUACUAAUCUGUGAUCAAGAAAUAGAGGAAGAAAUGAGAUCAAGAGAAAAUGAAGAAGAAAAACAACUCUUCAUUGUGCUUCGGGAGCAAUGGACUAUGCUAACAAAAUCAAAGAAACCAUCUUACUCUUA